CCGGCCACCUCAGCCCCUGCCCAUGCCCACCCCGCCGUGUCCCCUCGGGAGCCCAGCCGCUCCCCGCGGCUCCUCACUGACGUCCCCCAGCACCGCCGCAGGGCAGAAAUGUGUAUAUGUUGAGCCACCUAGGAGAGUUAAAGAAAUACUGGAGGAGCACUUUCAUUUUCAGGAAGAAGAAUGCAAUGUUAAACAUCCAGCUGCAGUGGCUCUGGAAGGAGUUUGGAAUGUGAAGAACAAUUUCUCCAUUAGAAGCCUGAAACCAGAGUCACAGAGCAGCAACGAUUUACUUUUACAACCUCAGUUCUACUCAAGACAUGCAAGAACGAAAAAACAGGUGCUAGUGCUGGCAGUGAUUCACCUCAUCCACUAGGGUGGACUAACAUUCCGUGGAGAACCCUUCCAGGCAACUCUGUUGAAGCAGGCAGCCAGAUACCAACUCCAACCACAGCUGUUGGCAUUUCUUAAGUUUUAUGAGUGCUUGCAGAAUGGAUUAUGGAAGUACUACGUACACAGUAUGGAAUGACUAUGUACAAUAGGUUUAUGGAUGACUUAGUUUCUAACCUAACACCACUCUCACACACAACUGUGCUUUAUUUUUUUGAGUAAACACUCUUCUUACUAAUAUAAAGUCACGGGGCCUUGACAUAUGCGAUAUGUAAAAUCUGUGCUGAAAUCCAGUCAGUGAGAAUUUAUGCCUGGUGUAACUCUGCUGCCUUCAGUAGAUAUGUAUGAGAGGACCUUGGAUCUACAGCUGUUGGCUAUGAGCAUGUGCAAUGUCAGAGCUGGAAACUCAUUCAGUUCUGCACAAACACUGUUUGAACUGUGUGAGUCAACAAGCUGUCAGCUCACUGAAGUGAAUUACUUGGGAAAAAAAAAGAAGAGUUUUGAGCCUAUGUGAUGUACUUUUUCACAGCAACUCUGUGAAGCAGAGCUGGGAAAAGUAAUUUUCUGGUAACCAUGAGGUUUUGUAGUUUUUAAAUAACUGAUAUUUUAAAGUAAACAUGUAAAAUUCUAAGAAAACUGUAAAAGAGCAAAAAGAAUCCUCUUUCUGUGUGGUGUGAGGAGUCCUUCCCCUGAGGAAGAAGGAGCAGCAGAGACAGCAUGGGAUGAAGUGACCAUAGCCUCCAUUCCCCAUCCUCCUGUGCCAUUUUUGGGGACGAGGCAGAGAAAUUGUGAGACACAUUGAGCCCAGGAAGAAGGGAGGGGUGGGGAGAAGGUGUUUUCAGUUUUGGUUUAAUUUCCCAUUACCCUAGUCUGACUUGAUUGGCAA